AUGCGCUACCAGAACUGGGAUGUUCUCCUCUUCCCAGACCAAUAUAAGGUUCCAUUACAGGAGUUCAAGACUUCGUGCCAGGUCAUCCAGGAUCCGGAAGCACAAAAUCUGCAGCCUAAUCCAUUCCUCCUUCCUACGGUUACAUCCUUCGUUCCAGGCAUCGCUGCAGGAGCUGCUUUUCGUGUAUCUAUCCAUUGCUGGCAGAACCCAGAGAUCAGCCGCUAUGUCCAGUCUUUGAAGAAGACCGGCGAUACUAUAAUGUUUGAAGCCCGGCUGUUUAUUGAUGGAAGACUCGCUGGGUCCAAAUGGUUUCAUCAGACGGGUCCAUGGCCCACCAUCAUCGAGCUCAGUAUGGAUUUGGACAAGCAUGGCGAGUUUGAAAAACUCAAGUUCCCAACCUUUCACAAGGAGCUUCUUUCACAAAGCUACUGGAACCCGGGUGAUGACCUUGGCCGCGUCAAAGUCAUCAUCGCGGAAGGCUUUUCUCGAGAGCAGAUGGCCUAUCCGUUCGAGCGCAUCAAGAACGUCGUUGCAUUUUCUUUCCAACAUGCUCCUCUCGAUGUACUUGAAGCCUCUUCUAUUGCCUGGCCAAACGCUGGCAUGUGGCGCCAAGUCUCCCACAUGGGACCAUACUUUGGACAACAGUUCUCCCCUCGCCAAGGAAGUGAUGUCGAGGCCCACAGCCACUCUCCGCGACAUGGACAGCCUCUCAACUUCAAAUCGGCUUUUUCGGCCACAACAAUGGGCACCAUGCCACCACCACCUCUUUUUCCCAAACAGUCUACUUUUGAUCCAUUCGUUGAGGCAGGUAACCCAGCUUUCUCUGGUUGGCGUCAAGCAUCCAAAUCCGACACUUCUAUGCCCGACUACACGAACUCGAAUACACGUACUGUCAGCAGCCGCCAGGUAUCGGAUCCAAUGCAGUAUGAGAAGACGAAUGGACGUUACGAAAGUAUCCAGAUGCCCGGCGCUUUUGAAUCCCUCUGCGAAGCUUUGCUCCCAUCUGCCCCAGUAAAUACACCGAAUAUGGGUACGCGACAGCCCUCUUCUACCGUUGUCCCAAAAACAGCUGGCCCAAACAUCAAGAGCAGGAAGGAGAACAUCCUGGAUUCACCCUUCCCUUUGGUGGUGGCUGACCUCAAUCCUGUUGGUAAUGAAAAUGCCACUCGGAAAGUUAGCUUGCCAUUCGUCACGGAUAGCCCAAUUCAGAGCAUCGUAGAGCCCAUCCGAAAGCCUAGUCAUCAAUUGCCUUCUAAAGUCAACACGGUUAGCACACCUCCCGCAACAACAGCAUCAAACUCCGCUAGCCUGGAGAACCCUAUGCGCAGGGUAAGCCAACCUUUCGCCACAACCAACAGCGGUACCAAGAGGCAGCGAGUUGUCACGCCAGCUGCGUCAAAAGUCAUUGACGAUGAAGACGAGCCAGCCAGAUCUUCACCAUCGAGGGCUGCGUCACUCUCAAUGAGAAAGGCAUCACAAGCCAGCAUACGAGCGGCGGACAACAAGGAGAAUGGGAGGGUUAUAUUGGGUGGGAUUGAGAAUGUUUAG